ACACUAACACUUAAGAAACACAAAUCCCAAACCAAAGAUUAAUUUCCAAAUCAAAACUCUAACAGCAUUUAGCUUCCACAUUCAACCAAUAGGAAAAACCAAAAAUUUAAUUUGACCUAAGCAGUUUAAAAGUUAAAAAAAAUAAAAUCUAACACUUAACCCAAAUUCCCAGGCAUUCUUCCUUUCUCUACCCUCUUUCUCUCCUAUUUUCCUUUCAACCAAACAGAAACCUAGAUUUUAUUUUAUUUUGUUAGAAUAAAAGUUUAAUCUUUCUGUUCUAAUUAAAUUUCUUAUGUGAAAAAUAAAAAUACAAAAAAGAAAAGAAUAAUGGUUUGGACUUUUGGUCAUCUAUCUUCUUCUUCUUCUUCUUCUUGUUAUUUCUCUUUUAUUUCUUAAUGAUCCUCUACAUGUAAUCCUACAUUAACUUACCCUGAACCCCUCUCGAUCUCUCUCUCUCUCUCCAGCCAUGUCCCGUGAGCAACAGCAGCCUUCUUCUCCGAUCCCUCAAAACGACACCGUUACUGUUUCUAACGGCGUUUCUACUCCUACCAACGAAGCACCAGCACCGGUACCGACGCCUACUAACAGAAGUAAUCGACCGUCACGCGCGUGUACUCUACGUGCAGCGGAGAGGCUUCAAGCAGCUCAACAAGCAGCAGCGAUCGAACGGAAGCAAAAACCUAAUAGAAAAGACCAGCAGCAGCGGCUCGACGAGUCGCCACAGCAAAAGGAGCAAUGCAGUGCUAAUAGUAAGAUAAUUACGCCGCUUGUGGGAGCCCCUGAGCCGGCGCAAUUGCCGAGGUGGAGCCUUCGCUCUAUGUGGGAAUUAGCUUCCGUACUCAAUUUCUUGCAUGUAUUUAGGCCUUUAUUGAAUAUACAGAUUGAGUUUUCAGCUGAGGAGUUUGAGACUGCUUUGAUUACACCUAAUGAUACUUUGGGAGAUAUACAUAUGCCUCUUUUAAAGGCAAUCCCCCCAAUUACCCGGAUGGCCCUUACACGGGAUACUUGGAUUACUGUUUUGUGCAGAAAAUUAAGAGACUGGUGGCACUGGGUUGCAGAUGGGGAACUUCCCAUAGUUGCUUCACAUGGGGCUGAGGUUGAAGUAUAUAAAACUCUUGAUCCUGGGAUCCGUGUGGUGAUAUUGAAAGCGUUAUGUGACAUUCGUGUUGAGCAAGAAGAUAUCCGGAAUUAUAUUGACAAUUCCGUUAAACAUGGCAUUCAACUUUCGGUAUUUCGUAAAGAACGUGUGGGGGGUGAUUCACAAGGAAUUAAUUACUGGUACGAAGAUGACCCAAUAAUUGGUCAUCGAUUAUACCGGGAAAUAAGAAAAGUCGAGGUGAAGAAAGCAAAGGUAAAAGGUUCCCAGGUCCUUCUGAAUGCAUCAUACCAGUGGGAAACAGUUGCGACCAAUUUCGAAGAAUUUCAAGAUGUUUCUGAGAAGCUUUUUGCAAGUAAAAAUAGAACAGAGGCGUCAUUAGGGAAGAAGUUAAAAAAUGACAUGCUUUCUGAGAUUGAGAAGGUUCAUAAGAGGAAAGAAAGGUUGCUGAAGAAACAACACAGACAAGCUCUACUUCUUGAUAACUUCUUGAGUGUGGAUGGGCUUGGACCAGGACGAUCCCUCCGUGACAGAAAACCGGUUACUUAUACAUUUGAUGAUUAUGACCGUUCAAUCAAUGAGGCUAUUAAAAUAACCAAGCGGAAACCACCAUCCCCAGAGCCUAUUCACAGAAGAGAAGGUGUUUUCAAACCUGAAGCUUCAGAAAAUGGUAAAUGGAGUGGUCCUUCAGAUGUCUCUCAUGGCACUUUCAAUUUGACUCCUCCCGAUUCCCCUGGUUAUGAUGACAUGGAGGAAGAGCAUAAAACUGAACAAUUGGACCGAAGUAAUCGGCGAAGACAGAGGCCUCAACGGUAUUCAGCAAAAGAGUUUGUCGAAGCAGUUUCAGAUAAUGAAGCAGACUUUGACAGUGACGAUGAUAUAGUUGGAGAAGCUGUAUAUGAUGAGGAGUACUUGAGGAAACGCAAACAGAGGAGGAAGUUCUCUAGCAGCUCUGAAGGGGAUGAGGAGUAUCGCUGGGAUGAUGAAAAUGGUGAAGAUGAGGAGGAAGAAGAGGAAGAAGAAGAAGAUUCCUUGAGUAUCAGUGAGGAUAGUGAUGAGCCCCAAAAAUUUAAGAAAUUGCCAGGUCGUACACGGAGGGAAACUAAAUUAAGGUCUGUUCAUGAGCUCCAAUCGGGUUUGAGACGCAGUAAAAGGGCCACACGGAACCGUAUCAAUUACCGGCAAUAUGAGCUGUCAGAAUCCGAAGGAGAGUCUAUGAAACCUGCAAAGUCUAACGCAUCAGAUGAGAAUACAGAUGCUAGUGAGAACGCAGAGUAUUCAGCUGGAAGUCAAGAUUCUGAUGACAACGAUGAUGAAGAACAAGAUAUGAAAGUUGAUCGGCCUGUUGAAGAUUACAAUGGGGCUACAGAGAAAGUGCAAAGUCAGCCACCGGAGAAGUCAAAUAGCCCUGGCCAAGAUGAAGUUGAAGGUGUAAGGAAAAGGCGCUUCCUUGAUCUAAAUGAACUAGCUCCCGGAUCUAGUUUUGAUGAUGGUCCAAACACAGUAUUGAAAGAUGAAGACAGAGACGAUUUUUAAAACGAGGUUUCUCGUUUUCUGUCAGGGAAAGCUCAAUGUACGAUAGUAACAAGAGAAAAAAAAGUUAUAAAUUUUGUGAUAAGCCUGUGGAGGAAAUUACGGUCAGAGUUCUUCCAUGGCAUAAGUUAAGCAACUGCCUGAUGCAAUUCAUUCGAAAUUUGCAACAGGCAGCAACUUGAUGCCGAGAGUCAUGUAGAGUAGGUAGUCAUUUUUUAGUAUGUCUACAUUCAUAGAAAACCUACAACGGGUGAAUGAGAAUUCGUUCGGAGUUCUUUAUCUUAUCCAAUUAAUGUACAAUAACCAUAACUGAUAUUGUAACUGAAAGAUUUGGCUUUUA